GAACACGCUUCUCUUUUCAUUUGGGUCCUUGACACUCAGCAGGGACUUUUGUGAACUUUGUCAUCUUCCUCUGCCCUUGCAGCCAGCACCGGGGAAGUGGAUCUAAUUAAUGCGAGGCGGGGCGGUGGAAGAGUCAGCCCGGCCACUGCCUUCCAGGAGCCUCAAAACCACCGGCACUUUAGAUUUGGAGUAUCCUUUCGCGAAUCCCCUGUUUUUCCAGAUUGUUUGAACUUCUCUGGCCGCACAAUACAGGAAGGAAGGCUGCAGCAGCCCAGGGACCUCCAGCGUCUGCAGCAUGGGCUGGUUCGCUGGGAUUGCCUGUCUUUUCUGGGGUGUAUUACUUACAGCAAGAGCAAACUAUGCAAACGGGAAGAACAAUGUGCCAAGACUGAAAUUAUCGUACAAAGAAAUGAUGGACUCCAACAACGUGAUCACUUUCAAUGGCUUGGCCAACAGCUCCAGUUACCACACUUUUCUUUUGGAUGAGGAGAGGAGUAGGCUGUAUGUUGGAGCGAAGGAUCAUAUAUUUUCAUUCAACUUGGUGAAUAUUAAAGAUUUUCAAAAGAUCGUGUGGCCAGUGUCUUAUACCAGAAGAGAUGAAUGCAAAUGGGCUGGCAAAGAUAUACAGAAAGAAUGUGCUAAUUUCAUCAAGGUCCUGAAGGCUUAUAAUCACACUCACUUGUAUGCCUGCGGAACUGGGGCCUUUCAUCCAAUUUGCACCUAUAUAGAAGUUGGACAUCAUCCUGAGGACAACAUUUUUAAACUACAGGACUCCCAUUUUGAAAACGGUCGUGGGAAGAGUCCUUAUGACCCCAAACUACUGACAGCCUCUCUCCUAAUAGACGGGGAGCUAUACUCUGGAACGGCCGCCGACUUCAUGGGCCGAGACUUCGCCAUCUUCCGGACGCUGGGGCACCACCACCCGAUCAGGACGGAACAGCAUGACUCCCGCUGGCUCAAUGAUCCUAGAUUCAUCAGUGCUCAUCUCAUCCCAGAGAGUGACAACCCUGAAGAUGAUAAAGUGUAUUUUUUCUUCCGAGAAAAUGCAAUAGAUGGAGAACAUUCUGGAAAAGCCACUCAUGCUAGAAUUGGUCAGAUAUGCAAGAAUGACUUUGGCGGACACAGAAGUCUUGUGAAUAAAUGGACGACAUUCCUGAAGGCUCGCCUGAUUUGCUCUGUGCCAGGUCCCAAUGGCAUUGACACCCAUUUCGAUGAAUUGCAGGAUGUAUUCUUAAUGAACUCUAAAGAUCCUAAAAAUCCGGUUGUCUACGGAGUGUUUACAACAUCGAGCAACAUCUUCAAGGGCUCUGCGGUGUGUUUGUACAGCAUGAGCGAUGUAAGAAGAGUGUUCCUGGGCCCGUAUGCUCACAGAGACGGCCCCAACUAUCAGUGGGUGCCAUAUCAAGGAAGAGUCCCGUAUCCACGUCCAGGAACUUGUCCGAGUAAAACAUUUGGUGGCUUUGACUCCACAAAGGACCUUCCUGAUGAUGUCAUAACCUUUGCCAGAAGUCAUCCAGCCAUGUACAACCCAGUAUUCCCUAUUAAUAACCGCCCAAUCAUGAUCAAAACGGAUGUAAAUUAUCAGUUCACACAAAUCGUUGUAGACCGAGUAGAUGCAGAAGAUGGCCAGUAUGAUGUCAUGUUCAUCGGAACAGAUGUUGGGACUGUCCUUAAGGUGGUCUCAGUCCCCAAGGAGACGUGGCAUGACUUAGAAGAGGUUCUUCUGGAAGAAAUGACAGUCUUCAGGGAACCCACAACCAUAUCAGCAAUGGAGCUUUCUACGAAACAGCAACAGCUCUACAUUGGCUCAGCUGCUGGGGUCGUCCAGCUUCCUCUGCAUCGCUGUGACAUUUAUGGCAAAGCCUGUGCCGAAUGCUGCCUCGCCCGGGACCCUUACUGUGCCUGGGAUGGGUCAUCCUGUUCCCGCUACUUCCCCACUGCCAAAAGACGCACAAGACGACAAGACAUCAGAAAUGGAGACCCACUAACCCACUGCUCAGACUUACAACACCAUGAUAAUCACCAUGGGCACAGCCUUGAGCAGAGAAUCAUCUAUGGAGUAGAGAAUAGUAGCACGUUCUUGGAAUGCAGUCCGAAGUCACAGAGAGCCUUGGUAUACUGGCAAUUUCAGAGGCGAAACGACGAUCGGAAGGAGGAGAUCAGAGUGGGCGACCACAUCAUCAGGACAGAGCAAGGGCUCCUGCUUCGCAGUCUGCAAAAGAAGGACUCUGGCAACUACCUGUGUCACGCCGUGGAGCACGGAUUCAUGCAAACUCUGUUGAAGGUGACCCUGGAAGUCAUCGACACGGACCAUUUGGAGGAACUUCUUCAUAAAGAUGAUGACGGCGAGGGCUCUAAGACCAAAGAGAUGUCGAGCAGCCUGACGCCCAGCCAGAAGGUCUGGUACAGAGACUUCAUGCAGCUCAUCAAUCACCCGAACCUGAACACGAUGGACGAGUUCUGUGAACAAGUGUGGAAAAGGGACCGAAAGCAGCGCAGGCAGAGGCCAGGGCACCCUCAAGGGAGCAGCAACAAGUGGAAGCACAUGCAGGAGAGUAAGAAGGGUAGAAACAGGAGGACCCACGAGUUUGAGAGGGCACCCAGAAGUGUCUGAGCGGCACCACCUCCCAAAACUUCGAACAAGUGCAAACUUGCUUAGACAAUAACUGGAAAAAAUGCAAUACACAAUGGACAUGUCCAAGGCACUAUGUGGAUGUUUACAGUGGUGGGAAAUUCAACUGGGAUCCACCAAUUGCAAUCAAAGGCCAUGGGGAACUUCCCCAGCAGGCUUUCUUCAGAGUACCGAGGCCUGACAGAGAUCGCAGGUGAGCAGAGAUGCUCACAUCAGCCGACCUAGUAUUUCCUCCAAGAGUUCAUUUUGCUUUCUUCUUUGCCUGAGAAAUAUAAAAAAAAUGUCACUUGCCAUAUUGCCAUUGAGGGUAGAAAAACUGUAUCAGCAAAGCCAUGUUGUUGAAGCGAGCGUUGAAAAUAAACUGCAUGGAUUUAGUAAGCAGAUGAAUAUUCCAAAACGUGACUGGAAUCCAGGAUGUUUCGUCUCCCGGCACUCGCGUUUGUGUGUGCGGGAGGAGUAAGACAAGGCGAAUGGGACGGAGUGAAAUAGCGUGUGAAAAUGUACAAACAUAAACCAGCCAUCAUCCGGAAGAAGAAUGGAAUACACUGAUCUACUACUGAUGUCUUCUUUCAGCUUUGAUCUAAAGAUGUAUUUUAUUAAAACUAUAAUUUAAAUGUACCAUGACAAAUAUGCAGUAAAAAGGAGCUGUUUUCUAAGCUAGAGUAGGUUUUUGUCUUACACUUAUUGUGCGGUGUAAUCUGUUUAAAACUUUCAACUGCGGGCUGCUCUUGUUCACACUUUGUUUUCAGUUCUGAAGGGGUUAGUGUAUUACUUUAGAUACCAACUCUCGCCAUUAACUGUUAAUUAUUAAAACCAAGAGAUGAUUUAUGAUUUUUCCCUUUGAGGAAAGCAAACAAAUAGAAGGUUUCCCCAUCAUCCCCACUUUUAAGGUAUUAUCUAAGUUAACCGUGAGUUGCAUAAAGUUCUUAGCCAACUGAAAAAUUAAGACAGCACAGAAGGAAAGAAGACAUUCAUUAGACGCAUUCCGAAGGAUCACAGAAAAAAGAGAACUGUGUGUAUCUCAUGGAAAUCCCAUUGUCCUAUCAUAGUGUUAAUAAAAUGUCUCUUCAUUCUUUGCUUGAAUAUUUGCAUGCUAUGUGAGACAUAGGACUCUCUCAUGAUUCCACAUUCCACUAGGGAUUCUAUUAUUUUAUCUUUUAAUGACUUUUAGAGAGAGAGAAAGAGAUCAAUGACAUUUAGAAUACCUUAAUGACGCUUCCCAACCUUUUCUUUCUGAAUCAACUACAUUUCUCUUUACCAUUUAUAGUACAAUUAUUUGUAUGAAGAACAUGUGUUUUCAUCUCAAUGAGAAUGAAUUUAUAAACUAUUUCCAGAACACACACUUCACUUAGACAGUGCAAAACUCCUUGUUUUAUUAAUAAGGAAUACAAAAUACUUCAGAAUUGCUCCCUUGGUUGGCUGAAGACGGUUUCUAGAGAAUCGUUGAGUUCAAACUGCAUAAGACUUUCUGCGUUCUAGAAUAGCUCAUUGGCACACCAUUCUUCACUUCAGGAUUCUCUCCUCAGAUCCUUACACAUACACAGAAUACAAAUUAAACAUCUUCCUGCUAAUUAAUGAAGUGGCAUUGAUAUUUUAACUCUAGUUGUCUCAGGAUUCUAAUUAACUAAGCAUUAAUUUCUCACCUCAACUGCAGUAAACGGUUGUUCCCUCUCCACUGAACUGUUUCACAGGUGGAAGCUCAUGUUUCCGUUUUAAUGAUUAUUUAAAUAAACAAUUUGUUGACACAUCUUUCAAAUAAAAAGCCCCCAAACAUUCUACAUCUGAUUUUAGGCUCUUUGACUAACAUAGUGUUGCUUUUGUAAGAACAUCCUCAAAGGCAAACUGAGUUAAGAAAUUUCUUGAAGAUCACACUUUUUAAAGGAGAAUCAUAUCAGAAAUAGUAAGUCAAAGAAAGCAGGGUGCUCCAUAUAAGCCAUACGGUUUUAUCAAUUCGAACAGCUCAUGUUAUGUUCCAUUCUAAAUUUGCAGCUGAAACAAGUUUGUUUGUGAUUACUAAGUCUCUCAUUUAUUUCUAGUUCUUAACAAUAAAGGAGUUCAAGGAAUGAAGAUUAUAUGAUAAUUUCAUGGAUGCAUUCCAAAAUCUGAAUGCAUUUGAUUUAGCACGAUGAAAUAGCAAUAGAAAAAAAAAGUUUAGGCUUCAAUUAAAGAUAUUGCAAACAAACACAUAUACUGGCAUGUCUUUAUCAAUCACCACGUCUGCGUUUUCAAAGGAAGGAAUUGGUGCAACUUGAGAAUAAAUAAGUCCGAUGAGAGUCAUAAUCUGCCAAUGUGUAUUGAGAGAGGGCAGUUUGCACGAAGAAUGAAUGUCCUGCUUCCUAACUAACCAAGAUGGACUUUGGCAUAUGCAUGUGGCAUCCCAGGGGAGACCUGCAUAAGAGAUGCAUGUGACGUAAGCAUAUUCACCUCAACAGUCUUAAAGUCUGAGAGCUCAGAUGCCUCCCAGCAGAGAGCCCAGGUCCCGCUGAUAGCAACAGUAACAUGGAAAUGCAUGCAGAUCCACCCUGCUCCUUCUGUGUACAGCUUAGUGGUUUCUAAUGGUAUGUGUUUAAUAUUUUUGCUACCUACACAUUAGGCACAGAGAUGUAAGUAAUUUUGAAAAGAUGAGGAAGAGCAGUGUGAAAUACAGGUUUCUAUAGAUGCUCCGUUUCAGUGUGCACAACAUCAUCCUGGCGUGCAAGCUUUCCUACGCGAGUACCACGGUAGCUUCUGUACCACUCAAGGGCAGAGAGUGUGCGCCCACGAGCAUGCCUUUUGCCAGGUGGAGAAUUGUUCCGCAUCUGUAUUUGUCAUUGCGUUUCAGAUAGGAACGAGAAAACUGGAGAGAAAAUGUAACGAAAUUGCUGCUGUAAAGUAUUCCUUUUUAGCAUGUAUUCAGUUGCUAAAUACACAUUUCUUCAAAAUAUCGGAAUUCAGAUGUCUUUACUGUUCUCUGUGACAUAUGGAAUUGAGGAACGUAAGCUUUGAGACUGGAAAGCCAAAGUCAGGGAGCUGCGUAAUGAGCUGACACGUUUCCUCUCUGGAUGCAUCUGUAAAUUGUAUUCUAUAUUUAUAGUGACAAUGUGGAUUUUUAUGCCCUUUAAAUUAAAUAUUGCUCUCUUUAUGUCAUACCUGGGAGGAAAACAUGGGGAUGAAAGUCUAGAAUGUUUUGCAUGAUAGUCUAUUUCCUUUUAUUUAGAAUCAAUACGGAUGCCAGAUAGCUGGCAGAGAGAGGCCUGCCCUGGACGUCUCGGGCAAGCAUUGUAUUAACAUGGAUUCAUUAGUGUGAUAUUUUCAAGCAUUACUUGUGGAUUGCUCUUUUAAACACAAUUUUAAUGUAAUGAAAGUCCAUCAGGUAUCUUGCCUUAAAAGACACAUUUGACAAACAGGACUUAAUACUUUUAUAUAACAAAUCCAUACUUUUAAUUUUAUCUUGGUAAUAAUUAUUUAAGGUCAAUGCUAAUGUUUGUAAUACAUGUUUCCAUAAAGAAGAAAACAUUAUUUUUCAAAAGUGCGCUAAUACUAUUAGUUUGUUAUACUUUCCGAAGCUUUCUUAUAUCAGUUAGUUAAAGAAUCACACAUUUGUACAUUUAAUAAAUAAAGAUGACCCCAACAUAAAGGAGAGUAGAGUGCUGGAGAAAUGGGGUCCUUAUAAGUGGUCUAUCUCCCUGAAAAGCCUAAGGAGAAAAAAAAAAGGUUCAUUUCAAACACUCAAGCACACAGACACAGGCGAUGCUAUAGAUAAAAGCAGGAUGACUUUAAGUCAAGAUAUUGAGAGUCAGAAGGGACAACACACGCCUGUAAUCCCCUAGAGGAUGAAGCAGGAGUUUUGCGAGUUUGAAGUCCACCUGGGCUAAAGAACGGGAUCCUACCGCAAGCAAACAAUCAAAAGAAAUAAAAAGAAAACAAAUUUCAUCUUCUGGAUACUUCGUCCCUUAAAAGUAGACAUGGACCUGUUUGAACCUCCUGGCUGUGAACUUGUGAGGUGAUGUAAUGCCAACAUGAGGGAGGCAUGGUGGCCCUGCUUCCACAAAGCUUAAAAUAAAAUAAACAGGGACGCAUGUUACCAUCACAUGUGACAAUCCUUUUCUCUUACAACUGGCCUUAGCCGAGAGCAACGCAUCUACCUUAAGAUGCUUUCCUUCUGCUUUGCUGCCCGCUUACCACAGUGGUGCGAUGCCCCUACUAUUUCCCUGUCUGGACUGUGGUUUUCUUUCUUUCUUUCAUUUCUUUUCCCGAGACAAUGUUUCUCUGUAGCUUUGGAGCCUGUCCUAGAACUGGCUCUGUAGACAAGGCUAGCCUCAAAUUCACAGAGAUCCUCCUGUCCCUGCCUCCCGAGUGCUGGGAUUAAAGAUGAACGGAACAAAGUGUUCAUAAAAGGGGGAGGGGAUGAAAUAUCUCAGUGCUUUGAGUCAAAUGGCAUAUGAAUUUCUGAGUUUUAAUUAUUUUCCAUUCUUUGUCAUCAUCAGUCAUACUAUCAUCCCUAUCAAACUGAGUUAUAUCUUAGGUAUUCUUCCUUCCUUCUGCUAAGUCUUCCUUUGUUUCCUUUUUCAUUUUAUUGAAAAUAGGUUUUCCCCUUAUUUCAUAUAUCCUGAUGACUGUGCCCCCUCCCUCUACU